GCGGUAAAAUAAAGGUGUAUUGACUGAAACAGAUCACGUUCACCCUACUUAUUUGAAUUGGUUCUCGAAAAUUACACCUUUCUUAAGAUCCGAUGGGAUUACGCUUAUUUCCAUUCAAUUUAUUUCUUGGAUGAAUGAAAGGAGUGGAAACGUUCAUAAAUUUAAUGAUUAUAAAAAUGCAGGAAUACAAUUCAUCGAGAGGAAACAGUUGCUCAUCUGAGAUUUAAUAGAAAACUGAUGUUAAAGGAUGGUACUUUUGAUAAGAAUCAGUACACUGCAAGACGAUCUAGUAACAAGAUGUACUUUCCACAGGUCUUCACAAUCUUCUUGGUCAUCAAUGCUGUAUUCGCAGCAGAAACAGUGGUCAAAAGAGGCUUGUUUGAACCUGAAUUCAUAGGAGGGAAUUUCAAUUCAUUUGAAAACCAUGGAUAUAACGGGAUUCCUGCAUUUCCUGUUUUGCCACCUCCAACUGUUUCAUUUGGAAAAUCAUAUCUGCCAAAACCGAGCGUAUCCCCUGGAGAAAUCGCUUCUGCAAUCCAAGCAGCUAAAGAAGCUUCAGAUCUCGUAAUGGAAUCUCAACGAAGAGUUCAAGAUGCUAAAGAAUCAGUUCUUCAUCAGCAGCACGUAGCAAGCCAGAAACAAGCACAGGCUGCUUUGGCAUUACAGAGAGCAGAAGCUGCUGCUGCAGUUCAACAACAGGAAGCUAAAGCAGCUGCUAACGGUUUAGUAUUGGCACAGCAAAGGCUGGCUCAAGCUAAAUCAGAAGUUUCGGAACACCAAAAACUAGCUGCAAUCAGAGAAGCUCAAGCAGCUGCUAUUAUUCAGAAAUCAGCAAACCUAGCUGCAGCUAAUAUACAAAAAUCAGACGAUGCUGCCAAGAAACUCAACGCUAUUCAAUAUUCUGGAAAUGAAGCUUUAAGACAAUCUGCUGCUGGUAAAGAUGGCUCUCUAUCUGCAACUUCAGCUGCUGUUGCUGCAACUGGAAAUGCUGGUAAACAUGAAGGAUUCGCAUUCAUAAGUUCUCCAAAGUUAUUUGCUCUUCAACCUUGGCGUUAAUUUCUUCGUAUUAUUCAGCACUAUUUCUUACUUGUUAACAUUGAUAUUG